ACGCAGCCCACCAGCCAGCAGCCUGUCAGCUAGCUAACUAACGUUGGGUGUUAGUACAGACCUUUUAAAUCUUUGCCGACCGCAGAUCAUAAAAUUGAUCAUCUGCUCUUACACGUGUGACUGCUGGAGUUUGUUGUAAACCACCGAGAAGCUGUCGAUACAUUUUGUUUAAGUCAACUGUUGCCGCCGACGUUAGCAACCUUAGCCGAAUCUGUUAGCAGCGCAAGUUUCCAAACUUUUGCGGUAACGUUAGUCGUAGCUGCGAUGAUGGUCCAGAUGGGUGUGCGUGGCUCACUUGUCUGUAGGUAACAAGAUGUUUUAGCAGCUCUAAGUGUUACUUAUCAGAUUUUGUGGAGUCACAAGUUAGCGAGUUAGCGUUAGUUGCUCCAUCAUGUCUAAUCAGCUGACUGCAGAGCAACAGCGGAAAAUUGAGGAAAACAGACGGAAGGCCUUAGAGAGAAGAGCCCAAAGACUAGGUCAGACUACCAGCAGCAAUAAGCAGAUACCAGUAGGCUUCGGCAGUGCUUCAGUGCAGGUACAGCCUCCUAAACACAGCGUUAACUCAGAGGCUGCAACCUUAGCUCAUCACAGAGAGGCACACAGCCCAUCUGCUGCACCGAAACCUUUUGUUCCACCUUUCAAAAAAGACUCACAGAGCUUUUUAAACCAAAAUCAAGACCCAAAGAAUCAACAGUUAUCUAGUACUGGCAACCGAAUCAACCACCAGAGCACUCUGUGUAACUCUGCUUCCUCAAGACUGAUACAAGUCAUCGACCCACUGCCUCAGACAAGAACUCAACAUGUGAGCAGCCCCGUCUUGUCCGGCGGAGGAAGCUUUGGUGCAAAGCCAGCUCAUCCCAAGUCUAACUUCACGCCCAGCAGCUCUGGCUCGUUCUACAGGCAAACUCCUAAACCUGCUCAAAGUCCUGUGGCACAGCUUCCCUCCAACUCAUCAACUCUCAAUGCCGUCGCUGCAAAAAAGCCGGCCAUCUCUGUAAGAGGGAAAUGUGUGGCUCACACAGAGGGCCGCUUCAGAAUAGAAGUGGGAUACCACGCAGAGCUGAUUGCGGUUUUUAAAUCCAUCCCCUCGAAGAACUAUGACCCUGCCACAAAGAUGUGGAGUUUCAGCCUGGAGGACUAUCGACAGCUAAUGGAGGAAGCGGCUUCUAUCGCCUCCGUGUCUCUGAGGCCUCUGGAGGGGAUGGGCGCCGUGGACGUCGCAGCGGCCACCAGUCGAGCCUGCGACGGCGCGGCUCUUGGGGCGCUGCUGAAGCUGUGCAACGGCUGGCAGAAACCUGGAGCUGUCCUGCAGGGCCAGUGCAUCCUGGUGUCUCGGACGAAGUUUGAGGUCGAUGUCGGCUACAAUGCUGACGUCAUUGCAGCGUUCAAGCAGAUGCCAACAAAGAACUACGACAUGAAAACCAGAAAGUGGAGCUUUUCACUGGAGGAUUACAAGAGACUCAUGGAUCUCCUCAGUGGGAUAGCAGCAGUGGAGGUGGAGCCUCUGCCCAGGGCAAUAGUCCAGGCUUUCUCUGCCAGCUUUGAUGGGAGUGAGGCCAGGUCUGUAGACGUCCCUGAGGCAGACCUCUCGAGCAUCGACCCCUCGCUCACCUGCAGCCUCAUGCCCUUCCAGAGGGAGGGAGUCAAUUUUGCUGUGUCUAAACAAGGCCGCCUCCUCCUGGCUGAUGACAUGGGCCUGGGAAAGACUGUGCAGGCCAUCUGCAUAGCAGCCUACUACAGGAACGAGUGGCCCUUGCUGGUGGUUGCUCCCUCCUCUGUGCGAUUCACCUGGGCUGAGGCCUUCAGACGCUGGCUUCCCUCCCUGAGUCCUGACAGCAUCAACGUGGUGGUGAAGGCCAAAGACAACCUGCGCUCUGGUUUGGUCAACAUCGUCAGCUACGACCUGCUGAGCAGGACGGACAAGCAGCAGCCGGGAAACCCCUUCAGCGUUCUCAUCAUGGAUGAGUCUCACUUCCUGAAGAACAUAAAGACGGCUCGUUGUAAAGCAGCCUUGCCUCUGCUGAAGGCCGCAAAGAGAGUGAUUCUUCUGUCUGGGACCCCUGCCAUGUCCAGACCCUCGGAGCUCUACACUCAGAUUCUGGCAGUCAGACCCACACUCUUCCCUCGCUUCCACGAGUUCGGGGUGCGCUACUGCGCCGCCAAACAGAUGACCUGGGGCUGGGACUACUCGGGCUCGUCUAACCUUGGGGAGCUGAAGCUGCUGCUGGAGGAGUGUCUGAUGCUGCGCCGCCUCAAGUCUGAAGUCCUCUCGCAGCUUCCCGCUAAACAACGCAAGGUCGUCACAGUGACUAUAGACGGCAUCAACACUCGCAUUAAAGCCGCUCUGUCAGCUGCUGCCAAACAGCUGAGCAAGGGGCACCGCAACAAAAUGGAAGAGAAGGAAGCCCUCCUCGUCUUUUAUAACCACACAGCUGAAGCCAAACUGCAAGCCAUCAUGGAGUACAUCACAGACAUGCUCGAGGGCGGGAGGGAGAAGUUCCUCGUGUUCGCCCAUCACAAGUUAGUCCUGGAUCAUAUCACCUGCGAACUGGGAAAAAAGAAUGUCGGCUACAUCCGGAUUGACGGCACCACUCCAUCAGCUGAGCGGCAGCAGCUCUGUGACAAGUUCCAGUUCUCAUCCAAAACCUGCGUGGCUGUGCUUUCUAUCACUGCAGCUAACAUGGGUCUCACCCUGCACUCUGCUGACCUGGUGAUCUUCGCUGAGCUUUUCUGGAACCCUGGGGUUCUCAUCCAGGCAGAGGACAGGGUGCACCGUAUUGGACAAACCAGCAAUGUGAACAUUCACUACCUGGUUGCCAAGGGAUCUGCUGAUGAUCACCUCUGGCCAAUGAUCCAGGAAAAAAUGAAUGUCUUGGAGCAGGUUGGUCUGUCUGAGUCAAACCUCUCAGACAAAGCAGUGAACAGCAGCUUCCACUCUAAGGACCCAAACCAGAGGAGCAUCAUGGAGAUGUUCCAGCGGUCUUUCACCGCGGAAGAUGACAUGGACGAAGCCAUCCUACUGGAGGCUGCGAACGACUGGGAUGACACGCCGCCUGAAAACAGCUCGCGUCAACACCGCGGCACGGUCGAACAAAGCCCCAGCAAAAGGAGCAUUAAAGACUUUUUCAGCAGAUGACUUGGAAACUUAUUAGAGGAGCAAUUCACCCAAAAAUGAAAAUGCAGUCUUGUAGUUCUGACAACAUUUUGCCCAACUUUCCUUCCGCUUGAGGGUGAAGUUUGAUUUUGGGUGAACUGUUCCUUUUAAAUAUCAUUUUGAUUUGCUCAUUGAACACUUUCCCUACAAGUUUUCAGCUCAUCAUGACAGAUGUGAACUUAAGAAUAAAUGCUUUCGUUAUUUUAAUAGAUAUAAAUAACACUUUGACAAAACUUUAUAUUUUUUGCUAACAAGUGAAAAUAAAUAAAUGAAUGGCGA